CCUGCUGAUCUAUUCCUGCAUUCAGCUGAAUUUUGAAGGCUGAUCAAUGACUGGAGAUCUGUGAUUGUUCAUCAGUUUCUUCUAGAGUUUCUGCUGGAGAUCAAACUUUUCAGAUCCAUCAUGGAGGACACGCACACUUCUGGAGAUCUGGAUUUGUUUACAUCAUGCAGUGUGGAUGGAGAUGAUCAGACUAGAGACCUGCAGCAGGAUUCACUCCAACCAGAACAUGAUGAACUGCAGAGAGCCAAAAACCAGCACAAAACUAGCAUGAAGAACAAGUAUGAGAGAUUAUUUGAGGGAAUCAACCAUGGAGAGACUCAAAAAUUCCUGAAUAGGAUCUACACACAGCUCUACAUCAUAGAAGGAGAGAGUGAAGGAGUGAAUAGAGAGCAUGACGUUUUACAGAUAGAGAAAAGAGCCAGAACAAAACCCUCACAACACACUCCAGUCUACUGCAAUGACAUCUUUAAAGCCUCAGCUGGAGCAGGACAUGAGGAGAAGAUCAAGAAGGAGAAAGCCCAGAUCAAGACUGUUCUCACUAAAGGCAUCGCUGGAAUCGGGAAAACCGUCUCUGUGCAGAAGUUCAUUCUGGACUGGGCCGAGGGAAAAGCCAAUCAGGGUGUAGAUUUCAUGUUUGUGCUUCCAUUUCGAGAGCUGAACUUGAUCAGAGAUCAUCAGUACAGUCUUCACAGACUUCUGCUGGACUUUCAUCCUGAACUUGAAGAUCUGGAGCCCAAGAUUUAUGAGCAGUGUAGAGUUGUGUUCAUCUUUGAUGGUCUGGAUGAAAGCAGAAUCACACUCAACUUUUCAGAUGAGGAGAAAGUUUGUGCUGUGACUGAAUCUUCAUCAGUGGCUGUGUUGAUGUGGAGCCUCCUGAAAGGAGAUCUGCUUCCCUCUGCUCUCAUCUGGAUCACCGCCAGACCAGCAGCAGCCCAUCAGAUCCCCUCCACAUACAUCCACCGUCUGACAGAGAUUCAGGGAUUCACUGAGCCUCAGAAGGAGGAAUAUUUCAGGAAGAGAAUCAGCGACGAGCAUCAAGCCAGCAGAAUCAUCUCCCACAUCAGAAGAGCAAGAAGCCUCCAGAUCAUGUGCCACAUACCCGUCUUCUGCUGGAUCUCCUCCACUGUGCUUCAGAAGCUCCUGGAAGAAGAUGUGAGUGCAGAAAUCCCUCAAACUCUGACUGAGAUGUACAUCCACUUCCUGCUGAUUCAGAUCAACAUGAGGAAGCAGAAGUAUGAAGAGAGAGAUCAAGAGAAACUCCUGCAGUCCAACAGAGGAGUGAUCCUCAAACUUGCUGAAGUGGCUUUCAGACAGCUGAUGAAGGGCAAUGUGAUGUUCUAUGAGGAGGACCUGAUUGAGAGCGGCAUAGACGUCACUGACGCCUCGGUGUAUUCUGGGAUCUGCACUGAGAUCUUCAAGGAGGAAUCUGUGAUUCAUCAGAGGAAAGUCUACAGCUUCAUCCAUCUCAGCUUUCAGGAGUUUCUGGCUGCUUUCUUUGUGUUUCACUGCUAUUUAACAGAUAAAAGAGAACCAGUGAUGUUGCUUUAUGAGAGUAAAUAUUCAGAUGAUGAAGAUGUGUCAGAUGGUAAUGAAUAUGAAGAUUCAGAUGUUCAAUUUUUACAGUCGAGCUCUGAGUUCUCUCUGUGCCAUCUGCUCAGUUUAGCAAUAUAUAAAGCUGUCAUGAGUAGUAAUGGUCAUCUGGAUCUGUUCCUGUGGUUCCUGCUGGGCGUCUCACUGGAGUCUAAUCAGAGACUCUUCCAGGAUCUGCUGACACACACAGAGGAGAGCUCAGAGAGCAUCAGGAUAAUUACACAGGACAUUAAAGACAAGAUCAAGACAGAUGAUGAUCUCUCAGCUGAAAGAUCCAUCAAUCUGUUCCUCUGUCUGCUGGAGGUAAAAGAUCAGACUCUGGCCAGAGAGAUUCAGGAGUUUGUGAAAUCAGACAAACACUCAGAGAGGGAACUCUCUCCUGCUCACUGCUCAACAAUCUCCUACAUGAUUGAGAUGUCAGAGGAGCCGCUGGAUGAGUUAGACUUUAAUAAAUUGAACACAUCACCUGUGGGAAGAUGGAGACUAAUACCAGCUGUGAGAAACUGCAGAAGAGCUCUACUACAGUGCUGUAAUCUCACUGCUCAGUCUUGUGAGAGUUUGACUUCAGCUCUACAAUCCUCAAACUGUGUGCUGAGAGAGCUGGACCUGAGUAACAAUGACCUGCAGGAUUCAGGAGUGAAGCUUCUCUCUGAUGGACUGAAGAGUCCAAACUGUAAACUGGAGACACUGAGACUGGUCAUGUGUAAUCUCACUGUUCAGUGCUGUGAGAGUUUGUCUUUAGCUCUACAAUCCUCAAACUGUGUGCUGAGAGAGCUGGACCUGAGUAACAAUGGCCUACAGGAUUCAGGAGUGAAGCUUCUCUCUGAUGGACUGAAGAGUCAACACUGUAAACUGGACACACUGAGACUAGUCAUGUGUAAUCUCACUGUUCAGUCCAGUGAGAGUUUGUCUUCAGCUCUACAAUCCUCAAACUGUGUGCUAAGAGAGCUGGACCUGAGUACCAAUGACCUGCAGGAUUCAGGAGUGAAACUUCUCUCCGAUGGACUGAAGAGUCAACACUGUAAACUGGAGACACUGAGAUUGUCUGGCUGUAUGGUGACAGAGGAAGGCUGUGGUUUUCUGUCUUCAGCUCUGACUUCAAACCCCUCACACCUGAGAGAGCUGGAUCUGAGCUACAAUCAUCCAGGAGAUUCAGGAGUCAAGCUGCUCUCUGAACAACUGGAGGAUCCAAACUACACACUGGACAAACUCAAUCUGGAUCAUGGAGGACACACGAGGAUUACAGCAGGACUGCACAAAUAUGCCUGUUUCCUCACUCUGGAUCCAAACACAACAUAUGCUUUUCUCAUUCUGUCUGAGGAGAACAGAGAGGUGAAGCGUGUGAGAGAGUAUCAGCAGUAUCCUGAUCAUCCAGACAGAUUUGAUGGUAUUUAUCCUCAGGUGUUGUGCAGAGAGAGUGUGUGUGGACGCUGUUACUGGGAGAUUGACUGGAGUGGAGAUGGUUGUAGUGUGUGUACAGCAGUGUCAUAUAAGAGCAUCAGGAGGAAGGGAAGAGGUGCUGAGUGUUUGUUCGGACGUAAUGCUCAGUCCUGGAGUUUGUGCUGUUCUUCCUCCAGUUUCAUAUUCAGACACAAUUACACACGCACUGAGCUCCCAGUGAAGCCUCUCAGCAGGAGAAUAGGAGUGUUUGUGGAUCACAGUGCAGGAACUCUGAUCUUCUACAACAUCUAUAGAGACACAAUGAGCCUCAUCCACUCAGUCCAGACCACAUUCACUGAGCCGCUCUAUCCUGGGUUUACUGUUUGGUGUCAAUCAUCAGUCAAACUGUGCUGAAGACUGAGAAGGAGCAGUCAGUAGCAGUGUGUGUGUGUGUGUGUGUGUGUGUGUGUGAGAGUGUGUGUGUGUGAGAGAGAGAGAGAGAGAGAGAGAGAGAGAGUGUUUGUUUGUGUAUGUGUGAAAGAGCAUGUGUGUGCGAGAGUGUGUGUGUGUGUUUGAGUGUGUGCAUGAGUGUAUGUUUGUCUGUGUGGGAUUUGUUUUUCUACAAAAAUAGUUUCUUACAUCAUUUUUUUUUGACACAUUGUAACUCCACAUCAGAUGUAACAGCAGCUCUCCUACCUCCACACUGCAGACAGCGUCCUUAUAACAGCACUGUUGUUUAAAGGUUUCAGCAUCAUUUAUGGCCUUGUAAUACUUUAAAUCUAUUUUAAUUCUGGACCUCACGAACGCUUUAAAACUCUCAAUCUCUUGACCAUGUACAUCAGGGGUGUCAAACUCAAUUCCUGGAGGGCCGAAGCCCUGUACAGUUUAGUUCCAACCCUGCUCCAACACACUUACCUGUAGGUUUCAAACAAGCCUGAAGGACUCAAUUAGCUUGAUCAGGUGUGUUUAAUUAGGGUUGAAACUAAACUGUGCAGAGCUGCGGCCCUUUUGGAACUGAGUUUGACACCUGUGAUGUACAUCAUCUAUUUAGUUUCUUCUUGUGAUAAGUAGAGCAAGUUUUGCUUGAGCAACUAAACAGUGAAUGAACUGCUAUUUCAGUUUGUGUUUCUGACUAUAGCCAGCUCCAGAAGAAACUUACAUUGAGUCAAAUUCUCUCCACAUUUCAGGAAAACUCUGCUCAACAUAUCAAACUAUUGUGUUAAACGUGUACAGUCUCUCUAUGUCCACAGAAGAGACACUCGUCAUGGACACUAGAGUGAACAACACGUAUGAAAUCAUUCACUGCCACAAUCCCCUGCAGAAUCCUCCAUUGUAAAUCCCCAACACAUUUUGUCAAAGUUGGUUUAUACAAAACUCUCCACACUGGUUUUCCCCCUAAAGUAUCAUGAAAUGUCCGUUAUUUCUGUUAAUCUGCCUUUGUCACCUCUCUGAUCCGUAAUAAUAAUAAUAAUAAUCAUAAUAUUAGACAUUUGUUUGGACAUGAUGUGCUCUCUUCAACAAGCAGCUUUUCUCUUCAUUCUGCAGGCUGUUCGCUCUGGCAGUUGGUCAGAUAUUUGUAAGCAAGCCUAUAAUAUAAAGCAGAGUUAUUCUGCAGUCAGGUGAUGUGCUCCAUCAGGCACAACAAUCUUGAUAGUAUCUUGUAGUGUGCUGUGCCGCAGUUUGCAUAUCUUGUAGUAACAUAUUUUUAAAAGUGUACUGUUUAUAUUUUUAAAUAUAGCCUACAUAAUAAGGCACAAUUUAAACUUUCAAAACAUCAUGUUUUUCCCACCUCGGGCAUUAAAGCCUUUAUAUUAUUUUCUCUUUUAUUCUUAAUUGGGCAGCCAUUAUUCUCAACCCUGUAAUAGACUAAACUGAGUUGGUAAUAAUAGUAUUCUACAAAGCUUUUGCUCUAAAACCAACAUUUCCCUGUUGCUCACAUGUCCCUCAAAUCAGUUUAAUGGCUAAAAUAUCACAUUUUUAAUGAGUUUUAGAUUCAUAUGUGAUUUAAGUUACAAUUAUACAUACUUGUCCAUUCUGUGGUCUCUUAAUUUUUUAAAAAGUUUUACAUUUAGGUGUCUUACCCCACCCACAUAAUUACAAUGUUAGGCCUUAACAUGCUGGUUGGUUCUCAGCAAUAUUUUUUUCUAUAUUUAAUUGUUUUCCUUUAAAAAUAUGAAUCUCACAGGGUGGAGAAUACAGUGACCGGUUUAAGACCAUAGCAGGGUUAAGAGGACACUUAAAUUUCAGUUUUAAUUUGUUUUAGUUCAUUUGAAAUUACAUCUAACACUUACUUAAAAUGUAUUUUAGUAAAACAUUUAGCAAAGGCAUUAAUGAGAUAAAGGCAAACCGGAAUGAAAUGAAACUUCAUUAAACCAAACCACAGUCAGAAUUCAAAAAAUUGAAGUGCUGCAGGUAACUGGACUGUUAGUAACCUUUAAAAAUGCUGAUAAAGGCCUGUGUUACCCAAUCUAUUGCUGAACAGAACCUACAGUAAACAGAAGCAACAGGUAAAGUCUUGUCUAAAACUUUAUUUCCUGGAACAUAAAUAAAAACUGCAGCAGAAAAGUU